CAGUCAGUCAGUCAGGACCUAGCCAGCAGCGAGGGAAGACGUACGCUCCUCCUACCUUGACGCGUUUCUUGAAUUUUUAUGUAGGCCACUGCGCUAAAUCUACUGACGGGGAGGAGGUGACGUAGAUAGUAGAGUGUUAACUAUGCGGAGGGUUGGUUUAGGUAGUGGAGAGUGCCGGGGUUGUUAUUAUUACCACUGGAAUUGACCCGUGGAAACAUUCGACCCGACAUUUUUCCAGUUCCUGCAUUUGUGCACAGGCGUGGUUGCGGCACGCGUCAGCCUGGAUCAAACGUGCCAAAGCAGGUGGUGAGGAGCAGGUGUGGAAAUGACUGUGACCUACACCAAGAAGGUCACAAACACCAGCUUCUGUGGCUUCUCCAAGCUUCUGUUUAGGUGGCGGGGAAGUGUGUUCAAGCUUGUGUGGCCAGAUCUACUAGUCUACUUUCUACUCUACUUUUCCUGCUCGUUAGUCUACCGAUUUGCGCUCGAUGACAAUAGUAAGAGAUUGUUUGAGAAGAUCUCCAUCUCGUGUGAGUACUUCCGGAACGUGUUCCCCAUCUCCUUCGUGUUGGGGUUCUACGUGACCAUCGUGGUGCAGCGGUGGUGGGCCCAGUACAUGCUCAUUCCCUGGCCUGACACUGCUUGUAUUCUCGUCUCUACCUACAUCCGCGGCCUUGAUGAUCGCAGUCGCAUCCUGAGGAAGGCCUUCGCUCGCUACAUCAACCUGGCCUUCGCUCUCGCCUUCGCCAGGAUCUCUCCUCGGGUCGCUCGCCGCUUCCCCUCUUACCAGCACUUCGUCAAUGCAGGAUACAUGACACCAACGGAGAAAGUCAUCAUUGAGAUGAUGGACAAGCAGACAGCUCACCACAAGAUCUGGAUGCCGUUAAUGUGGGCGUGUAUGGUAGCGUCUCAGGCGAAGAAAGAAGAUCGCUGUCCUGACAGCUAUGGUCUCAAGGUCAUCAUCAAGGAGGUGACAAACUUGCGCUACAACUGCGGCAAGUUACAAGAAUACAACACCAUGAGUGUACCGCUUGUGUACACCCAGGUUGUGACAAUGGCGACCUAUUCCUACUUCGGGUUUGCCAUUCUGGGCCGGCAGUUCCUGGACCCAAAUCAGGGCUACGAGAACCAUUACAUAGACUUCUACGUCCCAAUAUUCACCUUCCUACAGUUCAUAUUCUACAUGGGAUGGCUCAAGGUGGCUGAGUCGCUCCUCAAUCCCUUCGGCGAUGAUGACGACGACUUUGAUACGAAUGAUUUCCUUGACCGUCAUAUGGAGGUGUCGUAUAUGAUCGUAGACGUGAUGCACAGAAUGUACCCGGAGGUCCUGACGGAGUGCGGCAAGGACGACAUGGUAAACAACGAAGUCACUUCCAACAACGUCUGUGAGGCCAAUAAUAAGGAUGCGCUCAACAACAAAGCACACGUUACUAGCAAGUCUUCCAAGAGUGAUAAGUGUCCCCCUGUCAUCAAGUACUGUCCGGAGGAGGCCCCAGUGGAGGUCCCCAAUGCACUACAGCUUCCUCACCCUCCAUCACCCUCAUCCAGUGUCUCGUCCCGCAGGAGGCAGAGGUCACCGUGCACACCCCGCUAUAAUAAAGUGAACGUGUGUGUGGGGACCCGGGAUGGCAACACCCACACCACCAGGCUGUAUGUCCCACUCCAGAACGACGGCUGCUGCCCCGGUGCCCCCGAGGACCUCCCGGAAUCCCGCGGCAAGCAAUUCCCCCCACCUAGACUACGGCCUCUCGACUACGAUAACGAAGGCUUCCUACCCAAGUAGCUAAUGCUACCGUGUGGCGCCAGUGGCAGGCUUGCUAGUGAAAUAUUGUGAUUUCACUGACCCCCCGCCAGUGGCAUACUCUGGGCUGCUGUAGUCGUCUGGUAACGUUACCAGCCAGACUUUUGUUGGAAAUGGUGAAGCCACCGAAUCAGAUGUUUGUGAUAAACUUAUGGCAUUAUGCAAGUGAUUGAACAUGGACUGUGAUUUUAGCAUAAAUACAGAAAUGCAAGAAUAGACAUAGGCAGGAAAGAGGCUUUCCUGCCUAUAUAUCCACACCACUAAACUGUAAAUCCAUCCUUCUGAAGAUGUAUUAUUAAGAAAGAGAGUAUUUAAGGAAAUUCCUGACUUAAUCCUUCCUUCGUGGUCUGACA